AUGGCACGCAGACCAGCACGUUGCUACCGCUACUGCAAGAACAAGCCAUACCCGAAGUCGCGAUUCAACCGUGGUGUGCCAGACCCAAAGAUUCGCAUUUUCGAUCUUGGCCGCAAGCGUGCGAACGUCGACGAGUUCCCAACAUGCAUCCACCUCAUCUCCAACGAGUACGAACAGCUGAGCUCUGAGGCUCUCGAAGCCGCCCGUAUCUGCGCCAACAAGUACCUCGUCAAGAUCGCAGGAAAGGAAGGUUUCCACCUCCGUGUCCGCGCCCACCCAUACCACGUCGUCCGCAUCAACAAGAUGUUGUCGUGUGCCGGAGCCGAUAGACUCCAGACUGGUAUGCGUGGUGCUUUCGGCAAGCCAAACGGAACCGUUGCCCGUGUCAACAUCGGCCAGAUCCUCCUCUCUGUCCGAACUCGUGACUCUCACCGCGCCACCGCCAUCGAGGCCCUCCGCCGCGCACAGUACAAGUUCCCAGGUCGCCAAAAGAUCAUCGUCUCCAAGAACUGGGGCUUCACCCCUCUCCGCCGCGACGACUACGUCGAGAAGCGCAAGGCUGGUGAGCUCCGUGUCGACGGCUGCUACGUCCAGUUCCUGCCAAAGCACGGCCCAAUCGCCUACAACAUGCGCCGCUUCCCAGACGCCUUCGAGCAGGAGGCAUAA